GCCGGGAGGCUGCCGGCAUCCCAUCGAUCAGUCAUCGAUCGACAGCGGGCGCUUUUGUCCAGCAGACAAGAUUUCGGCCGAGUUUCGGAACGCGCAACGGCCGCAUGCUCGCGCCACGUGCGCUGAGCCGCUAUUGUGAAUCUAGCAUUCAACGCCAACAUAUCGCUCAUAGCAUUUUUAUAUAUUUCGCUCUGUCUAUCUCAAGUGGAGCUCAAAUUGUUGGAUAAGCUCACUCCGGAGUGCGUUAAGGUGAAAGUUCAGCUCUGUAAAGAAUCUACUCAUCGACCACCGGCGGAAGAAUUUACAUAUUAACUGCGCCAGGCGGUGGAGCCAGCUCAGAAGACCACAGAACAGCGUUCUUCAUCAACCGUCAGCUCACGCAUCGAUAGUACGACUCAUUGUUGACGGGUAGCUCUUAAGCCAUCUCAUUAACACCUCGAUUUGACUUAUUUUAUGAAUAGACGAGAAUAAACGUUUUUAUACUACAACCAAGGCCGAGAGCAUUCAUUUCUGUAGUCCGCGCAAACCCAACACCAGUUCGCGAACACAUUUUGCUAUAGAAACACGAGAAACCACUUUAGUAGAAGGGAUUGGGCAAACCUUUUCUCUGACAUUGAAAUUACAGAUGAAACUUUCAUAAUAGGCGACUUAAAUGCUAAAAAUACGUACUGGAAUUCCACGAAUACUGAUCAAUCGGGAAAUUCGUUAGAAAAAGAAAUGGACACCUGGGACCUGAUAGUACAUAACACGGACACGACGACUAGACAUGGGACAGGUACAACUGAAUCAAAUAUUGACUUAAUUAUUUCACGCCCUAAUUUAGCCAGCUGCAUUAAAUACUCGGAAACCAAUAUAUGUUUAGGUUCAGAUCAUCAAAUCUUAAAUUUACAAAUAUACUCUAACAAAGACUUCGGAUUAAAUUCAAGGUACAACGUCAACAAAAUUAACAACAGAUUAUACAACCAAAGAAAAGGAAUGGAUUGGAUAGAGUUCAGAGAACGUCUCGAAUCAAGAAAAAAUGAAGAGCACAAGAAGCGAUCAAAUAUCAAAAGAAGCAAGGGAAUAAGGACUCGGUUACAAAAUCGUCCAAACAACAAAAAACCUAAUCACAAUAAGAAUAAAAAAUCCUGGUGGGAUGAGGAAUGCAAAGAAGCAUGGGAGAGCUGGAAGAAAAGUAUGAACAACGUUUGGAAGACAGGAAACAUGGAGGAUUUUAUAAUUACGGAACACAAUAGGAAAAAAUGGACUGAACUAAAACAACACAAGAAGGAAAAGGCAUGGACCUUGUUAACAGAAGAAAUAGCCAAGGAGAAAGAUAUAGGGAAAAUUUGGAACAAAGCUAAAGGUAUUCAAAAUUUCUUUAUAAAGGAAAAUUCGGCAUUAAACCCACGAAGGAGGACGGAAUUAGAAGAGGCUGAAAUUAUCAAGCUAAAAAACAAAAAUACAACUGUUGCAGGUAUCACAUGCGAAAAUAACUCGACAGGUAACAUAGACAUGAAUUCUCUAUACUAUAUUUGGGAAAAGGACAUAGAAAAUUACGAAAUCAUCAUGACAAUAAACAACUCAAGGAAUAAAACGUCAGCUUCAGGGGAUGAGAGAAUAGACUAUAGAACGAUGAGCGAACUACCUUCGUACUUGAAAGAAGCCUAUUGCGAAAUUGUCAAAGAGAGCUGGAAAAAUACAAUAAUCCCGAACGACUGGAAGAUAGGAAGACUCUGUUUUAUCGACAAGCUUAUUGUAGCAGGUAACGCUACAAUAAGACCGAUUACCCUGACCUCCUGUCCGGAAAAAAUUAUGGAGAAAUUAAUAAAUAACAGGUUAACAUUGUGAGCGGAACAGUACAAAAUAAUAGAAGAAACGCAGGCUGGAUUCAGGAGAAAACGAUCUACCAUCGACAACUUGAACCAGGUGGUGUCUCAAGUGAAACAGAAUGCAAGGGAAAAUCUAAAAUCUGCUACAGCAUUCAUUGACAUAAAAGGAGCCUACGACAACGUAAAUUUCGACAUUCUAUUGGAAAUUCUUAAAAAGAAUGGCUGUCCUGUUAGAAUAUGGAACUGGAUAAAGGUAUGGCUAGAGGAUCGUACGGUUGAAAUAAAAUCUACACAAGGGAUAGAAAAUAUAAUUCCUUGGAGGAUCGGGGUCCUACAGGGAUCGAUUAUUAGCCCGAUUUUAUUUAACAUGUACAUUACAGGAUAAACGAAAAGAUUAAUAUAGAAGAGGUAAAAUUCGUCAAAUAUGCAGAUGACAUUGCAAUAAUCACUCAAGGAAAGAACAUAGACCAAACCUCAAUAAGGAUAAAAGAGGGAAUAUCACAAUUUCGAGACUUUUUAAAGGAAAGGAAGUUAGAACUCUCGAUAGAAAAAACAAAAACACUAUUCUUUAGCAACAUCCAAGUGAAAACAAUAUCAUGGACGUAAUCAGGAAAGUCAGGAAAAGACUAGACAUUAUCAACUACUUAUGUCAUGGAGAGAAAGGCAUCAAACAAAAUUACAUCAGUGAUGGAAUAUAGGGUUUCCAUAUACAUGAAUGCGACAAAACAACAAAUCCUACAAGAGGAACUAAGGAAAUUAGAAUCGAAAGCCAUCAGAACUGCGAUAGGAUACAGAAUAUCCACUCCACUAAACGUGAUGUACCCAGAGGCUGGAUGGAUUGGCCACAGAGAAAGAGUAACAUUUUUCUCGUGCAAAUACUGGAUUAAUUAGAUGGAAAAAGGUAUAAUGCAGAAUCCUACAUUAAAAUUAUUCAAUGAAAUUAAUAAUAAAUCAGGUUUCUCCCAAGAAGGUGUAAGAAGAGGGAAUGUAAAUAUCGCCAAUAACCUAUCGGAGAAGGCAUUCAAAACUACAACAAAAUACAAGGACAUUAUUCUCAAAAGAGAUUUAACGAGAGAUUUGAAUAUUGGAAGUGGAUCUUCUACAUAGAACAAUCAAAGACAGAAAACAGAGGAAUGAUACUAGACACAAACACAGGAAGAAUAAUAGAGAAUAAACAGAUACCAAUAACAAGAACGGUGGAAUUUUUCAAAUUUACGCACAAUAUAACAGACAAUACCAUUGUAUUUUUCACAGAUGGAAGCAAAAUUCCGGAACGUAUGUCAAAUGGAAUAGGAACUAUUUUAAUAAACAACGAUACAACUGUAACAGAACGAAUAGCAAUAAGCAAUUUAUUUACGAUUUCUCGUAAAAAGUUUCUCAACAACCAAGAAUACACGAACUGUCUUAUACUCACCGACUCUAUGUCAGCCAUAGAAGCGUUAAAGAGCAUCAACAUAAAAUAUAGAGAAUCCAGAGACAACCAAUGGAUCCUUGACACUUGGAAACUAGGAAAAAUAGAAAGGGAAAGGAAGAUAAUCAUCGGAUGGAUACCAGGACACACAGGAAUACAUGGCAACGAGUUAGCAGAUCAAGAAGCGAAAUCACAAACGAUGAGAGUUCCUGAUAAGGAGAUAAUCACAGAAUUAAAACAAUCGUUUUGGAACAAAUUUAAAGAGAAAAUGACAGAUUUAGAAAGAGAGAAAUGAGCUCUAUUCAUGAAUGAAAUAGGAAUGGAUUAUAAGAGAUCCAGGUAUAUACCAUGGUUUCAGAAAUUCAAGAACUGUUUGAACAGGGACACCAUAAGAACAAUAUCCAGAAUUAGAUGCAAUCAUUACAACUUGAAGGUCUCUCUGGCGAAGAAAAAUAUUAUCGAAGAUCCCAUGUGUGAUUGCGGUCAGGAAGAGGAAAAUAUAGACGACACGUUAUAUUUGACUGCGGAUUGUAUAACCUAGAAAGAACGAUGAUCUGGGAUAAAUUAGGCCCGGACAUAGCUCAAGUGGGCAAAUCCACCAUAGCCCUUAUAAAACUAAACAAACGUAGAAUCUUUAAGACGAUAGACCAAUUUCUGAAACUUAUCAGGAAAAAGUUAUAACCAACGAGACUGAAACAGGUACAAACCAAAAAACUGAACGGAACUAGACGCUAGGAUAACGAUAAGCAAAACAAAUAACGUAAUGAUAAAGGCAAUAAUAUAAUUUGAUAUUAGAAUUUGAAAGAAACCUCGAGUAUAGAUUAGUCAUGUAUUAACAGGGUAAAAUAUAUGAAAUAAGGAAUGAGAAAAAUAGACAAUAACUUAUAAAUACUAGGCAUGAAAGUAUGUAAAAAGAAUGAGAGACGACUAUAGACAUAAGAAUCACAUAGUAGUGAAACAAGGGCUGUAACACCUUACCAUUUUAAUAAAGACAGAAUUACAGAAUAACGAACGAUCUCGAGUAUCAGUGGCGAGUGGCGAGCAUGGCGCCGGCGGGUUGAGUUGGGAAGCGAAUAGGAGAAUGGUUUUGAGUCCAAAAACGUGGUAAAUAGGUCCGG